AUGAAGAACAUACAUAUCCCCUAUAAACCCUACUACAAAAAAAACACUCAUCCAAAACCCACCACCAUGAUCACCCUCAUAUUGAUCCUACUCGUUACAACAACCACUACCACCUCCGGGGCCUCGCAACCGAUCACGGCCCUCUACGUGUUCGGAGAUUCAACGGUGGACCCCGGAAACAACGACUACAUUCCAACUGCUCUCUUCCGGGCUAACCACCAGCCUUAUGGGGAAGACUUCCCAGGUAGAGUCUCAACCGGCCGGUUCUCAGACGGUCGAAUUGCACCAGAUUACAUAGCUAGCUCACUCGGUCUAAAAGAAUUAAUCCCGGCUUACUUAGACCGGUCUGUGACAGACCAAGACCUCUUAACCGGUGUUAGUUUUGCCUCUGCUGGAUCCGGUUUAGAUGAUUUAACCGUUGAUUUUACUCAUGCAAUUAAUCCAACGGUUCAAGUGACAAAUUUUCAUGAGGCUUUAAGGAGAAUGGAGAGAUUUGCGGGUCGAAAUAAAACGAGUUGGACCGUAGAAAAUGCGAUGUUUUUAAUAUCGGUCGGAUCGAAUGAUAUGCUUAUUAAUUAUUUUGAUAUACCAACUAGGGCUUUGGCAAACUCUCCUUCAAGUUAUUCGGAAUUUCUUAUUUCUAGGCUUCGGCUUAUUAUUCAGUCACUACAUAGCCUAGGAGCAAGAAGGUUCGCAGUGGCAGGUCUUGCACCACUAGGAUGUUUGCCAAUCCAAGUGAGUGUUGGUAGCAUCAUUCCUAGCAUGCAUUGGUUCCAACGAGUUUGUGUCGAUCAACAAAAUUCAGAUGCUGUGCUCUACAAUUACAUGCUCCAAAGCGUCCUCAAUCAGUUGCAAUCUCAACACUCUGACGCUAGAUUUGUCUAUGCUGAUAUAUACAAUCCUUUGGCUGAUAUGAUUAACCACCCUCAAACAUAUGGCUUUCAAACGACACUUGAAGGAUGCUGUGGUACAGGAAUUCUGGAAUCAGGCAGUCUAUGCAAUACCGCGGUUCCAACUUGCCCUAAUCCAUCAACUUAUGUCUUUUGGGAUUCAAUUCAUCCAACACAAGCAGCACACCAUGUUCUUGCUAAUGCAUUGGUUACCAAUGUGAUUCCUAAGCUACUAUAG